GGGUGUGGUGAAGAGCCACUCCUCAGCUAUGGAUCAAUACUUUCGAAAGUUGCAUAAUUCUAUACAGCCUGUGAAUUUCAGCUGACGUCAGAUUCAGCAGUCAUCAGUUUUUAGCAUAUAUAUAAAAGCGGCGGUCAGAGCUGGUUUCCCCGUUUAGUGUUCAAUAUCGGAAAAGCGGCAAGUGCUUCAGACGAGAUUCUUGGAACCUUCAACUUCGUGACAUUCAGAAACAAUAUUCAAGGGUAUACCAAAUAAGAUGUCGACGCCAGUAAUUAUUGUGCACGGCGGCGCCUGGACCAUUCCGGAUGAUAUCGUGGAAGGGUCGCGGGCUGGAACGAAGGCGGCGGCAAGGGCCGGCUAUGCUGUGCUGUCCAGCGGUGGUACCGCCAUUGACGCGAUACAGGCGGCAAUACGAGUACUCGAGGAUGAUCCCUGCUUUGACGCCGGGACGGGUUCCGUGCUGACGGCUAAAGGAGAUGUGGAGAUGGAUGCUGUGAUUAUGGACGGACGGACGCUCAAAUCGGGGGCUGUCGCCUGCGUCCACAACAUCAAGAACCCUAUCGAACUUGCCAGGAAGGUCAUGGAAAAGACCGACCACUGCCUGUUGGUGGGGCCAGGCGCCGACCUGUUUGCGGAGGAAGUGGGUAUCAAGCGCGUGCCGACAGAGUCCCUGGUGUCCGCGGAGGCCGUCCGCGAGCUAGAGUUCUACCACGCCAACUACGACUGCACCGUCCACGACCUUUUUCGGCAGAGGGGUUCGAGUCACGAUACUGUGGGUGCAGUGGCUCUGGACGUCAACGGUAACGUGGCGUACGGAACGUCAACGGGUGGCAUUUCCUGCAAGAAGCCGGGCCGCGUGGGUGAUAGCCCUAUUAUAGGUGCGGGUGGGUACGCGGACAACGAUGUGGGCGGCAUCUCCUGCACGGGGCAUGGGGAGUCCAUCUCCAAGGUCGUGCUGGCACACCAGGUCAUCACCGCCAUGAAGACAGGAACAGACGCACAGGAGGCGGCAGACAAGGCGCUUGCCAACAUGGCGUCGCGGGUGGACGGGUACGGGGGCGUUAUCGUGCUGGGCCGUGAAGGCGACGUUGCGCUCUCCUUCACCACAGAGCGCAUGUCGUGGGCUUGGGCCAAGGAAGGCACUAUUCACAGCGGCGUCAACCCGGGUGAAGACUUUCGGGAACCUGUUGACGUCACCAAUGGUGACGUAGCAAACGGUGAUGUACAGAACGGAGGCGCAUCUAACUGUGAUGUUUAGGGAUGUUAUGUGUAUUUUUGAUUGGUUGCAAGUGGUUUAUGGUUGCUAUUUAAACCACAAACAAAUACUUGUGAUCGAUGUUGAAGAAGGGAAUAUACUUAGUAUGAAUAUGUAGAUCUGUAGAAAAGCAUCGGACCCCAUAUCGGAGUUCUUAUGAAGCCAUUGUUGAAAGGAAAUUAGAUAAGAUCUGUUCCGAUUUCAACUGCUUUUUAGAUGAUCAACGGUGAACGCAACAUAUAUGUUGUAUAGCACGUGUUUUGUUGAUUUGUUUUUGUUAGAUCAUGUAUACCCAACUACAAGGUGUGAUGUGAUGCAUUUACUGUUGAUAUAUGUACUUUGCAUUACAUUCAGUCUACUACGAGUAUUAGCACAUGUAUUAUUACAACACAUAUCGCACACGAAUAAUACUUCACUUCAUAUAUUGCAAAAGAAGAUUGCCUUUUUCAGUUUUGAAAAACGUGUGCUUUGGUGCUAUUUGCAUGCAACGUUUUCUAUAUUUCUUAUAAGAAAAAUCUAGGUUGUGUCAAAAGUUCACCAAGAUAAAUUUUCCUUGAGCAGGCCAAGUGCACACUUACCUGAUGAUGACAUUGUUUAGGUGUUUUCUUGGCUAAAGCUACAUUGGGAAUGAUAUACAUACGGCAUAAAUAGCUUUCAAAGGUGUUAACAUAUCAAACGUACAGGGUUUUUGGAAAGUAAUGAAUGUAUUACAUAUGUAUAUGUGUCCGAGUUCAUUCCAAUCUUACAACUUAUAACAAGUGCUUUCCUGGAUACCAUAUCAAUGUAUCUAUCAUUUACAAGUCUUUGGUUACAUUAGGAUAUUGCUAAAGGCUCUGGAUUAAUUUGGAAGAAAGAGGUUAAAGCUUCUGAAGACAUCAGGUCAAACAAGUGGUUAGACCUGCCCCUACCUCACACAGAGAUUGGGCACUGCUCUUAAACCUACCCGUCCCCAACACAAUUAAACAGAGGUUCCCGGCUCGGGUGCAUGCGAGUUUGAUCCGUGGUCACCAAGCCGGACAAGUGGGUUUUCUCCGGGUUCUCCGGUUUCCCCCACAACACAAGACCACACUCUCACGUAAAAUCGGGCCAACGAGAGUGAUUAGUAUAAUGUUGUAAUAAAUUGUUUCACAAUCGUUGUAAAAUAAAUGUUUAAACUAAAUAAACAGAGGUAGGGCAGUGCUAAUAAACCUGCCCCCCCCCCCACCACACAUCCACACAAAGGUAAGGCAGUGCUAAUAAACCUGCCCCUCUCCAACACAAAGGUAGGGCACUGCAAUAAGACCUGUCCCUCUCACACACAGAGGUGGGGCACUGCUCUUGAAUCUGCCCCUCUCCAACACAGAGGUAGGACACUGCUCUUAAACCUGCCCCUCUCCCACACAUCCACACAGAAUAUGGCACUGCUCUUAAACCUGCCCCUAUCCAACACAUCCACACAGAGGUGGGGCACUGCUCUUAAACAUGCCCCUCUCCCACACAUCCACACAAAGGUGGGGCACUGCUCUUAACCUGGCCCUCUCCCACUCAUCCACAGAGGUGGGGCACUGCUCUUAACCUGGCCAUCUCCCACACAUCCACAGAGAUUGGGCAGUGCUCUUAACCUGGCCCUCUCCCACACAUCCACAGAGGUAGGGCACUGCGCUUAACCUGCCCCUCUUCCACACAUCCUGAGAGUUAGGGCACUGCUCUUAACCUGCCCCUCUCCCACACAUCCUGAGAGGUAGGGCACUGCUCUUAACCUGCCCCUCUCCCACACAUCCUGAGAGGUAGGGCACUGCUCUUAACCUGGCACUCUCCCACACAUCCUGAGAGGUAGGGCACUGCUCUUAACCUGGCCCUCUCCCACACAUCCACAGAGGUAGGGCAGUGCCAAUAAACCUGCCCCACUCCCACACAUCGACACAGAGGUAGGGCACUGCUCUUAACCUGCCCCUCUCCCAUACAUCCACAGAGGUGGGGCACUGCUCUUAACCUGCCCCUCCCAGUUAAGAAAUGACUAUGAACCCUGUCUUUCAAUAAGUCUGAUGUUUUGCAUAGAUGUAAAUAUAAAAAUCAAUUCCAGAAAAUAUACAUCAGUAAAAUAACUUAAUUUGAUUUAAAUUCAAUAUCUUACAAAUUGAUCUUUCUCAGAGUAUUACCUCAAUUAAGCCAUUUUACAAGAGUAUGACUUUUGUUUCAAAACAAUGUUAACAGUGUGUGUGGGACCGAGUGUUGCAGGUGACUUAUUGUUGAAUUACAUACAUGUACAUACACAUUUACAUUUAAUAUAAUAUAUGUUGAGGAGUUGGAAUAUCAUUUACUUCAUGUUUAGCUUUUACAAAAUGAUUAUCAUUUACCUGAUGAUUUUACUGCAUGCUGUUUACACAAGUGACCAUGUUGUUAAUAUCAGUGAAUGUUGAGAUUAAUUUAAUAUCAAAUUGUGGUUGUUAAUGAAUAAUAUGUAGUAACUUGUUUACUAAAACACAUGUAUUGAUUUUUAUUUUUAAUAAAAUUUCUAUUGAAGACUGUUGUCACAUCAAUUUACUAAC